GUAGUCAAAUUUUAUGCGCAAAGAUUUAUUACAAAAGUUUAGUUAUUACAAGUGAAUAUAAUAUAUUUAUUGCUGCGUACUGAAUACUUUAAGAUAUCAAUCAUGAAAAUUACUCAAAUUUGUUGUAUCGGUGCUGGAUAUGUUGGAGGUCCUACUUGCAGUGUUAUGGCUCUGAAAUGUCCUGAUAUAAAAAUUACUGUUGUCGAUAAAAGUAUUGAGAGAAUCAAUCAGUGGAAUUCUGAAAAAUUACCUAUAUAUGAGCCUGGUUUGUAUGAAGUUGUGAAAGAAUGCAGGGGUCGUAAUUUAUUCUUCAGUACGGAUAUUGAUAAAGCUAUAGAUGAAGCAGAAUUGAUCUUUAUUUCUGUGAAUACGCCAACAAAAACAUUUGGGACUGGAAAAGGAAGAGCUGCUGAUUUAAAAUAUGUGGAAAGUGCAGCGCGUAUGAUUGCUGAUGUAGCCAAAGCUAAUAAAAUUGUUGUAGAAAAAAGUACUGUACCUGUAAGAGCAGCUGAAAGUAUUAUGCAAAUAUUGAAAGCAAACCAAAAACCAGAUGUCAAAUAUCAGAUUCUAUCGAACCCAGAAUUUUUGGCAGAAGGCACAGCCAUUCAAGACUUACUACAUGCUGACCGAGUGCUAAUUGGUGGUGAAGAAAGUGAAGAAGGAAAAGAGGCCAUUGAAACUUUAUCUUGGGUGUAUGAACAUUGGAUCCCUAAGAAAAACAUUCUCACAACAAAUACAUGGAGUUCAGAAUUAUCCAAACUGGCUGCUAAUGCUUUUUUGGCUCAGCGUAUUUCUAGUAUUAAUUCUUUAUCAGCUGUUUGUGAGGCUACAGGUGCUGAUGUAGCAGAAGUUGCUCGGGCUGUUGGCUUAGAUUCCAGAAUUGGAUCAAAAUUUUUACAAGCCUCUAUUGGUUUUGGUGGUAGCUGUUUUCAAAAGGAUAUACUAAAUUUGGUGUACAUAUGUGAAGGUUUAAAUUUGCCAGAAGUAGCAGCUUAUUGGCAAAAGGUUAUUGAUAUUAAUGAAUAUCAGAAGAAUAGGUUUUCACAAAAGGUUAUUGAGUCUCUUUUCAAUACUGUUAGUGGCAAAAGUAUAGCAAUUUUAGGAUUUGCUUUUAAAAAAAACACAGGUGACACCAGAGAAACAGCAGCGAUUAAUGUAUCAAAGACUUUGCUAGAUGAAGGGGCUACUUUAAGUAUUUAUGACCCAAAGGUAGAAGAGUCUCAGAUCAUGGAAGACCUGACUCAUCCUUCAGUCACAGAUUUUCCUGAAAAUAUAAGGAAAGUUGUGAAAAUUCAUAAUGAUGCAUAUAGUGCUGUUGAGAACACACAUGCUAUAGUAGUUUGUACGGAAUGGGAUGAAUUUAUAACAUUGGACUACGAAAGAAUUUAUAAAUCAAUGAUGAAGCCUGCUUACAUUUUCGAUGGUAGGAAGAUUCUAAAUCAUGAAGCUCUGAUUGAAAUUGGUUUCCAUGUGCAGACAAUUGGCAAAAAAUUACAGCGUACACUUUCGCAUAGAAGCUGGGGCCAUAAAGCACAAUCAUAAAUAAGCUUGACGAAAAUUAUGAUGAUGGAUAAGUGAUAUAUUAUACAUUUUUAAUUAAAAGAACAACACAUUGCAUUUAGCCCUUGUUGGGAAAUUUAGUUCAUAAAUGUGAUUUUUGAAGUUUACACAACUAUAGGAAAAAAUGCAAUUGGCAUUGU